CGAAGUGCCGAACCGAUGCACUCUAACCGAAACUGAAGGUGAAAUAAACCCGACGGCACUCCUACUCCAACUUCGAAUUACUCAAUCUCGUCGGCGCUAUUCUCCAUGGCGGAGGUUCAAUCAAUCCGACUCAGUAUACCAGAGUACCAAGAACUGGGACUGCCGAAAGAUGGAAUUGCUGUCAAUCAACCAUCCCUCAAACCGAAGAACUGGCAUUGGUGGCUCUUAGUGGCACUAAACAUUGCCUUUCUUCUGAUUGGUCAAUCUGCUGCUGUUCUUCUAGGAAGGUUCUACUAUGACCAAGGUGGAAAUAGUAAAUGGAUGGCAACACUUGUCCAAACUGCAGCAUUUCCAAUCCUUCUCCUCCCAUUGUUUCUCUUUCCAUCCUCCCAAAAUCCUUCUACAACUUCCACCGACUCUGCACAGCCUUCUAUUGUUACUGUUGUUGUAGUUUAUCUGUUCCUUGGCAUACUUAUAGCUGGUGACAACAUGCUGUACUCAGUUGGGCUCUUGUACCUUUCUGCCUCAACCUAUGCCCUCAUCUGUGCAAGCCAAUUGGCUUUCAAUGCAGUCUUCUCCUUCUUCAUCAAUUCUCAAAAAUUUACUGCUUUAAUACUUAAUUGUAUUGUUCUCCUUACCUUAUCUGCCUCCCUCAUUGCAGUCCGUUCUGAUUCUGCAGAACCUGAAGGAGUCUCUAAGGGAAAAUAUGUUCUUGGUUUUCUAUGCACACUUGGUGCAUCUGCUGCUUACUCCCUAAUACUUUCCCUCAUGCAGCUUUCCUUCCAGAAGGUUCUGAAAAAGCAAACUUUCUCUAUAGUCUUGCAAAUGCAAAUAUUUACAUCCCUAGUUGCUACUUGUGCUUGCAUUGUGGGUCUUUUUGCCAGUGGUGAAUGGAAGGGCUUGAAGGAAGAAAUGGACCAAUUUGGCAAGGGGAAAGUAUCUUAUGUGAUGACUUUGGUUUGGACAGCUGUCUCUUGGCAGAUUUGCUCUGUUGGGGUUGUGGGUUUGAUUUUUGUGGCAUCUUCUCUCUUUUCCAACGUAAUUAGUACCUUGGCUUUGCCUCUUGUUCCCGUUGCUGCUGUGAUACUUUUGCAUGACAAGAUGGAUGGGGUGAAGGUGGUGGCCAUGUUGUUGGCAAUCUGGGGAUUUGCUUCUUAUUUAUACCAGCAUUAUAUUGAUGAUUCUAAGCUGAAGGCAAAACAAACUAACAUCAAUGAGGUAACUAAUGGUUCUAUGUCUUGAGAGAGAGAGGUAUCAUGUCUUAUUUUUGGUGAUAUAGGAUUAUUUUCAAAUGUUGUCAAACAUAUUAUGUUGGAGGUAUUUAACCCAUUCUCUUUUUUAUUGUGUUGGGUGCCAGUUAUAAAUUUGUAUCCCAUUUGUAUAAUUGGUUAAUUAGGGGUCAUGGCUUGGUGUAAUGGUAAAGCCUAUUGCCGACAAGCUUGUCUCUUUGUGAAAAAGUAAUGCCAAUGAUUAAAUUUGUACCCAGUCCACCUCUCCCAAGACCACAAAUACCCCUGAAAGACCAUUUGGUUCACUUGAUUUGAUUAUUUGUAUAUGUUUACUUUUCUUUGGUUAAUUCAUACUUCUCAGAAAUAAAAGAUACAAUGGGGUGAGAGGCCUGAAGCCUGAACAUUCACUGCAAUUCUUGUGGCUGUUGAUUUGAACUUCUGAAGGAUGGCUCUUGGCAAUUAUUUUGUGCGCUUGGGGAGUUACAAUUUUUUACCAACAUUGGGUAAUGGACAUGUAUGAUGAUGAUGAUUUGUUAAUGGCCAUGUAUGACACAAAGUUGAACAUGAGUUGAUCAGACCAAAUUUCAGUC